CGUGGGGGGAGCUCACUCUGGCCUGGGGUCUGCAGGGAGUCCGGGGGGGCACCAGCAAGCCUGUCCACCUCAGUUCCUCCUCGGGCUGGUGGCUGCAGGAGUGUCCCGGACAGCCUCACACAGGACCCAGCACUGUGCGUCACCUCCCGGGACCGCAACCUCUCCAAGAGCAGCUGGGGGUCCUGCCUCUCCUCUCCCGGCUUCCGGGGCUCCAGGCGGUCCUGGGCUUGGGGCGCAUUGCCCCGGCCUCGGCCUGUGAGUUCACGUGGGUUUCUACCCUUCCUUGCGAGGACACCGGUGCCUGAGUUAGGAGCUGCCCAACGACCUCGACUCAUUCCACGGGACGCCCCGUCCACAGGACGCCCCCCAGCAAAGCCUCUGCCGGAGUGGUGACUAGAGUGGCCGGCCCGAGGCGCCCCAGGGCAGGAGCGGUCCUCAUGCCGGAGGCCGGGGGCAGCUGUCCGGGGCGCCCCAGGAUGGUUGCGUCAGGCUCAGGGUCUGGCCUGUGCCGGGGCGAGAUCGAAUUUGGAGGGUCUGGGAAGAAGCGAGGCAAGUUUGUGAAGGUGCCCAGCGACGUGGCCCCCUCUGAGCUCUUCAACCUCCUGCUGGCUGAGUGGCACCUGCCUGCCCCCAACCUCGUGGUGUCCCUGGUGGGCGAGGAGUGUCCAUUCGCCAUGAAGUCCUGGCUGCGGGACGUCCUGCGCAAGGGGCUGGUGAAGGCGGCCCAGAGCACAGGGGCCUGGAUCCUGACCAGCGCGCUUCGCGUGGGCCUUGCCCGGUACGUCGGACAGGCCGUGCGUGACCACUCGCUGGCCAGCACGUCCACCCGGGCCCGCGUGGUGGCCAUUGGUCUUGCCUCGCUGGGCCGCGUCCUGCAUCGUCAGCUUCUGGACAAUGCCCAGGAGCACAGCCCUGUCCACUACCCCGCGGACGAGGGCAGCGGCCGGGGCCCCCUCUGCUCCCUGGACAACAACCAGGCGCACUUCAUCCUGGUGGAGCCCGGGCCGUCCGGGAAGGGGGACGGGCUGACGGAGCUGAGGCUCAAGCUGGAGAAGCACAUUUCGGAGCAGAGGACCGGCUACGGGGGCACUGGCAGCAUCGAGAUCCCUGUCCUCUGUCUGCUGGUCAAUGGUGACCCCAGCACCCUGGAGAGGAUCUCCAGGGCCGUGGAGCACGCCGCCCCGUGGCUGGUCCUGGCAGGCUCAGGAGGCGUCGCGGACGUGCUGGCCGCCUUGAUGAACCAGCCCCACCUCCUGGUGCCCCAGGUGGCCGAGAAGCAGUUUAAAGAGAAGUUUCCGGGCGAACACUUCCGCUGGGAAGACAUCGUACACUGGACCAAGCUGCUGCAGAACAUCACCGGCCACCCGCACCUGCUCACCGUGCACGACUUCGAGCAGGAGGGCACCGAGGAGCUGGACACGGUCAUCCUUAAAGCGCUGGUGAAAGCCUGCAAGAGCCACAGCCAGGAGGCGCAGGACUACCUGGACGAGCUCAAGCUGGCCGUGGCCUGGGACCGCGUGGACAUCGCCAGGAGCGAGAUCUUCAACGGGGACGUGGAGUGGAAGUCCUGUGACCUGGAGGAGGUGAUGAUGGACGCGCUGGUGAGUGACAAGCCCGAGUUCGUGCGUCUCUUCGUGGACAAUGGCGCCGACGUGGGGGACUUCCUGACGUACGGGCGGCUGCAGCAGCUGUACCGCUCCACGCCCCCCAAGAGCCUGCUGUUCGACCUGCUGCAGCGCAAGCACGAGGAGGGCCGGCUGACCCUGGCCGGCCUGGGCGCCCAGCAGGCCCGCGAGCCACCCACCGGCCUGCCCGCCUUCUCCCUGCACGACGUCUCCCGCCUGCUCAAGGACUUCCUGCACGACGCCUGUCGCGGGCUCUACCAGGAGGAGCGGGGACCGGCCAGGCGACCUGAGGGCCGGAAGUGGCUGCUGGAUCUGAACCGGAGGAGCGAGAACCCCUGGCGGGAUCUGUUCCUCUGGGCCGUGCUGCAGAACCGCCAUGAGAUGGCCACCUACUUCUGGGCCAUGGGCCAGGAGGGGGUGGCCGCUGCUCUGGCCGCCUGCAAGAUCCUCAGAGAGAUGUCGCACCUGGAGGCGGGGGCGGGGGUGCGCCGCCCGGUGAGGGAGGCCAAGUACGAGCAGCUGGCCCUGGGCCUCUUCUCCGAGUGCUACGGCAACAGUGAGGACCGCGCGUUCGCGCUGCUGGUGCGCAGAAACCGCGGCUGGAGCAGGGCCACCUGUCUGCACCUGGCCACCGAGGCCGACACCAAGGCCUUCUUUGCCCAUGACGGGGUGCAGGCUUUCCUGACCAAGAUCUGGUGGGGAGACAUGGCGUCGGGCACGCCCAUCCUACGGCUGCUGUGUGCCUUCCUCUGCCCAGCCCUCAUCUAUACCAACUUCAUCACCUUCAGUGAGGAGGCCCCGCUGAGGACGGGCCCUGAGGGCCUGCAGGAACUGGACAGUCUGGACACGGAGAAGAGCCUGCUCUGCAGCCCGGGCAGUGGGCCAGAGGAGUCGGCCGAGACACCAAGGGCUCAGGGGCACCCAGGGCCCCGUGCUGCCUUCCUGCUCACGCGCUGGCGCAUGUUUUGGGGCGCGCCCGUGACCGUGUUCCUGGGGAAUGUGGUCAUGUACUUUGCAUUCCUGUUCCUGUUCGCCUACGUCCUGCUGGUCGACUUCAGGCCACCUCCCCAGGGGCCGUCUGGGCCUGAGGUCACCCUGUACUUCUGGGUCUUUACACUGGUGCUGGAAGAGAUCCGGCAGGGAUUCUUCACAGACGAGGACACACAUCUGGUGAAAAAGUUCACGCUCUACGUGGACGAUAACUGGAACAAGUGUGACAUGGUGGCCAUCUUUCUGUUCAUUGUUGGUGUCACCUGCAGGAUGGUGCCCUCGAUGUUCGAGGCGGGCCGCACGGUCCUGGCCGUCGACUUCAUGGUGUUCACGCUCCGACUCAUCCACAUCUUUGCCGUCCACAAGCAGCUGGGCCCCAAGAUCAUCAUCGUGGAGCGCAUGAUAAAGGACGUCUUCUUCUUCCUCUUCUUCCUGAGCGUGUGGCUUGUGGCCUACGGCGUGACCACGCAGGCGCUGCUGCACCCCCACGACGGGCGCCUGGAGUGGGUCUUCCGCCGCGUGCUCUACCGGCCCUACCUGCAGAUCUUCGGGCAAAUCCCGCUGGACGAGAUCGACGAGGCCCGUGUGAACUGCUCGCUGCACCCGCUGCUGGAGGAGGGCUCCCCCUCCUGCCCCAACCUCUACGCCAACUGGCUGGUCAUCCUCCUGCUGGUCACCUUCCUGCUGGUCACCAACGUGCUGCUCAUGAACCUGCUGAUCGCCAUGUUCAGCUACACGUUCCAGGUGGUGCAGGGCAACGCGGACACGUUCUGGAAGUUCCAGCGCUACCACCUCAUCGUGGAGUACCACCAGCGCCCCGCCCUGGCGCCGCCCUUCAUCGUCCUCAGCCACCUGAGCCUGCUGCUCAAGAGGCUGCUCCGGAAGGGGGCCGAGCAGAAGCGGGCGCACCUGGGGAGAGACCUGCCGGAGCCCCUGGACCAGAAGAUGGUCACGUGGGAGGCGGUGCAGAAGGAGAACUACCUGAGCAAGCUGGAGAAGCAGAGGAAGGGCAGCGAGGAGGAGGUGCUGCGCAAAACCGCCCACAGGGUGGACUCUGUGGCCCAGCACCUCGCGGGGCUGAGGGAGCAAGAAAGACGCAUCAAGCGCUUGGAGUCCCAGGUCGACUACUGCACGGUGCUCCUGUCCUCCAUAGCCCAGAGCGGCGCCAGCUGGAGUAAGUGUGUGUCCAGGGAGGGCAGGGCGCAGGCCGGUGGGGCCACAGGUGGAGGACGGUCACACGGUGCCCCGCUACCUGCCUUCCUGUCCCGGGAGGGGACUGGCCCAGGCCGCCGAUGGCCCUUGGCUGGCAACGGUCUUCAGGGCAGGGCAGGAACCCUCUGCCGAAGCCGCCAGCUCAGCCAGGCACGAGAGUGUGGCCACGUGGACCCUGGAGGCUCUGCCUGGCAGCCGCCCUCCACAACACCCCCAGCCCCCUCCUGGCCAGGCUCACCGGCUCCUGUGCUCGUGUGGUGUGCAUGAGCCCCUCUCCCUUCCCUGGGACCGGGCACCCAGCAGCUGAGGGGUCUUCCUUUCUCAGCAGACUCGCAGACCUCUAAAGGUGGGCGCCAGCAAGCCUGUGCUGACCGCCGUGGGGCUGCAGACAGCAGCGAGUGCCCAGAGGCUGGCCAGCGGCUCUCAGACACCUAAGCCACUCGGAGCAUCUGCACACGGGGCCCACCUCCCAGUGCCCCGACCAUGAUGGGCAGGCAGGCCAUCCCAGGCCCCAGAGACACACUGAACCUACCCCCCGCCUCCGCUAGAACCCUCAGUGGGCUCUGGCUCUCGCGGCCUUGUCAGAAGCAGCCACUCCUCGCCCUGCCUGGCUCCUUGCCUGGGACCACUCUCCACAUGGAAGCACGGGGCUGGACGGUGGGCCCUCUCCCAGACUGGGGGAGCCCUGGGGGCCCCCAUGCACAACCGCCUGGUCUGCUCUGGUGGGCUACAACACGGGGUCCGCACCUAUCUCGUACCCAACCCGUAUCACCUGUUAAAACUCAUUUCUUGGAAACACUA